CGCGUCUGUGGUCGUUGUUCAGAAUUCGAAACUUAUUAUCGAUCUGCUCGUGUCCACCGAAAUUAUUUGAAACCGUGGCCGAAACGGGGAUAUACGAAGUUCUCGCCGAGAAACGUCCGUUACGGCUUCGAACGUGCGACGCGUUUAAAAUCAAAUUUACUCGAUCAAUAAAGGUGCGCUGCGAAACGGUGCUCUAGAAAAAUCGAAACGGCCAACGGCCAUCUUGAAUCACGCGAGCUUUGUUUGCGCCAACUUCACGCGACAGUCGCAUUUCUCUACUUUUUCGCGAGAUUGUCGCUUCUCGUCUGCACUGUGUCUGUUCUGGAUCCGUAACGAAAACAACGGUUCGCUUUUCCCGUGGAAAAUUCGUCGCCGAGUGUGAUUGGAGUGGACGUAGCAGGAGCCACUUCUCGGUGGUUGUCUAAGCUCUGACAUCCCGGGCACGAGCAUACUUGAACGAUGGUGGACUACUACAAGAUACUCGAGGUGCAACGGACCGCCUCCAGCGGUGAUAUCAGGAAAGCGUACAGGAAAUUGGCCCUGAAAUGGCACCCAGACAAGAAUCCAGAGAACCUGGAAGAAGCGAACAAAAAAUUCAAGGAAAUCUCACAAGCGUACGAAGUGCUCAUUGAUGAUGCGAAGAGACGAACCUACGACCAACGAUUGUAUCAGAAGGCGUCGUCGAGGCCCGGUCGUGGAUUCACCAGCCGGAGUUACUUUGACUCUGCUUUCCAGCGAUUUUUCGAAAAGAAAAGACGAGUAUAUGACCAAUAUGGAAAGGAAGGUCUUCAAAUGCCGGGUGGCAAGAGGCGGCACGAAGACGAGUUCGACACACACUUCACCAAUACGUUCGUCUUCAGGGAUCCUGAGGAUGUGUUUAGAGAAUUCUUCGGCAGUACUGUUUUCUCAGAUUUGUACAAGAUGAGUGUCUUCAACGGAGGCUUCCACAGGCAUAGCCACCCGAGCAGUAACAGCAUAAGUACAUCCUUGUUCACUACAUUCGGCCCCGGUUUUUUACCAUACAACGUUUUCGAAGGUGCGUCAGGACCGAUCAAAUACACGUCAUUCGAUACGUUCACUAACUUUGACACAUCCCGUGCCGGGAGUGGCGGCGGCGGCGGCGGCGGCGGCGCUGUCAAGAGGACAAGCACAUCAACUAGAUUCAUCAAUGGCAAAAAGAUUACCACGCAAAAGGUUUACGAGAACGGGAAGGAGACGAUAAUGUCCUUCGAAAACGAUGUGCUGAAGUCGAAGACGGUGAACGGCGUGCCAGAGUCAAUAACGUUCGACGGAGCAUCGACAAGUCGCCAGCUAUCCGACAACGCCAGCGACACCGCGAUGGCUGGCCAGAACUCGAGAACAGUCCACGGUGAUCAUCUGAAGGCUAGCAGAAUAAAGACGCAUCAUCAUCCACCUCUCACUAAGAAGCACACAGACAAGAAGAGCAACGAAGAAACGAGCAGACCGGCUUAUAUUUUAAAAGUAGACCCGCCCCAGGAAUCGUCGGUGGACCCGUCUAAACACGCUACCACUGUUUCAGACAAAAUGGAGAGUCCACCAUCCGAUAAUAACACAGAAGCAUCUUCAUCGAGUUCUAACAAGUCUCCCAGUAAACCACAUUAUCCGAUAUUGGCGGCAUCAAAAUUUGGCAAUCAAUUUGGGAACAAUGACUUUACCAAAUCGUUAGCUAACAAGAGAAGAUCGUCUAUACUGAGGCCUUCGCAGUUGGGAGCUGUGACGACUAGCCCGCAACCACUUAGCAAAACGUUUCUACAGCCAGCAAAGUUUCAGAAUCCGUUUGCUAAAGUAACGGAUGAUCCCGUUGAGGAGAAGAACGAAACCUCGCAUGAGAAUAACAAAAUCGAGGAAUCAGAAAAGGACAAAGAGAAGGAGAAAGAGGUAGAAAAAGAGAAAGAAAAUGAAAAAGAGAAAGAAGAAGAAGAAGAAAAAGUAGAAAAAGAGAAAGAAACAAAGUCCGAGGAGAAAACAUCGGAAGAGGCACAGUGCAGGUUCCUGCCACUCGGUGCGGGUACGAAGGAUAACGAAAGUAACAGUGUAGAUAAUUCGGUAGCGCCCAGUACUUCAGAACCCAGCUUCGUAUUCGGUCAGAACCUGAAGGAACGAGUGAUGGUAGCGAAUGAUACAGAGGUCUCGGAGAACGCGUACGACAAAGAUAAGAAAGAGGAAAGUACGAACGAGAACGGUUCCUCGGAACUGUUGUUCUCCAACGCUCCUGUCGCGUGUCGUCCUACGACCAGACCAGGUCUGACCUUGACGCAAGCGGCGCAGGAACUCGAAGAAGCGAACCGUGCGAACAAGAGGAAGUACAAUGAAGUGACACCGUUGACCGGUGAGGAAGGAGAGACGAACGUGUUGCAGAUAAAUUGCAAAUUGUUUGCCUUCGACAAAGCCAGCGGCAGUUGGCAGGAAAGAGGAAGAGGCACCUUGAGACUGAACGACCGGGACGAUGAAGAGUCCCGUUUGGUGGGCCGCACAGCCGGCACACAAAGAUUAAUCUUAAACACGAAAGUAUGGCCCGGCAUGACGGCGGAAAGGGCAGCACCAAAGUCGCUCAGAUUAACGGCGAUGGACGUCCACGGUGCUAUCCGAAUCUUUAUCGUCCAGGCAGCUCCCAAGGAGAUCGAGCAACUGCACAAUCUUCUGCAGCAGCGGCUGAAACGCGCCCAGGAACGUCAACCGAAGAAGAUGGCGACCGAUCACUGACAAUCGUUUAAUCGACGCUGUGAGAUGUUUCAGUUUGGUUCCGGUACGCUCUGGUACUCGGAGGUCCGCGCAAGAGUCGAAUGAGAGAAGAACGUUUCAGAUAUCAGGCCCUAUCUAUAAUAGUACACACGUGCGCAAUAGAAUGGCUAUGAUUUGUGCCUUCCCUUGGAAGAUUUUAGAUCUCGAUCUCGAUCCCGUGGCACGCGCCUGGUCCUAGACCAGACAGGAAGUUGAUCAACAUGCGACAACAAAAUCGUAGAUCUCCUCUGUCUCCUGUUCACGCAGACUACAUUGAACAAUUAAUGGUCGUUUCAUAGUUUUCGCGGUCACGGAAUGCCUCUUCUGAUCAUUCCCAAUUUCUUUCACGAGUGGAAUUUUUUUUUCUUAAAUGCGUUGGCGUACACACACAUACACAAACAUACACAAAACACUGCGCGUGAGUCAUUUAGAUAGACAGUUUUUGAUAAUAGUUAUAAUAUACAUAGUUAAUACGGAAGAGUAUCAUGGAAGAAACGAAGAGAGAAAUUAUUAGAAAAGGAACCGAGAGACAGCAACGAUGCAACAGCGUGUCAUACUUUUAAUUACAGAUUCCUCUGCAAGGUUUGUCAUAAACCUUUAUCAUAGCGUUACCUUUUGUUUCAUUAUAGAUUUACGUUUCCGGUCGGCUAUAGUAAUUAAAACUGUACGUACGAACGAAUACCGUCUUAAGUUCAUCUUUAUUUAGACGCGUAGUUCUGCCGUGAGCAAUCAAGACAUUACGAAAAAAUCGCACACGCUCACCGAGAAAACGAUUUUGUUGCACAUCGCAUACACACGUACACAAACAUAUACAUAUAUAUACGCCGCGAAUCUUCAACAUUCUUGCGAGCACAAAAAAAAGCGAGGAAACAUCGACGCGUGUACGAGUGUCGAAUCCCUGUAACUAAUUGUACUUUAAUUUGUAAAUAGCGCCAGGCAAGACCGUGUGAAGUUGUAUGGCUGUGUUCAAGGCGGCUCCUCUCUAACAUUUUGCUUAGCAAUAUAUUUAUCAAUCAUGUUUCGGCCAGGUAACGAGUAUACCAGGCCGAGAGCGUUAUCGUCAUGAUUGUUUUGCGUGACGCGCCGGUAACGAACUAUGGGAAUUACUUAACGCGCUAAUCACCGAUACGAUCCACGAGUAACUACGUUUCUCUGUAUUUGCUGCAUACAGAAACAAAAUUCACUGUACACAUCGUUAAUUACAUUAACUAAAUACAAACGUUUGCAUAAAAAGUCGA